AUGGAGCCGGUAAACAAAAUACCAAAAUCAGCCAUUUCCUCAGAGACGUUCACAGCCAAUGUCAUGUCACUGGCGUUGGGUAUUCCUGGAGCAGGCGUAUCCACACUGCUGGAUCCUCCACCGCCGGGCACCAAAUUCAUCUUACACCGAAUAGAUCUCCCACAAUGUUGUGUGUGUAAAGAGGAGGAGGUUCUCAAUGAAACAGAACCACAGAGGAACCAACUCAUCUCUCAUGGCUCUCCAGAAGCUGAGAAGCGGGAUCAGGAAGGAAUCAAUUCUGAAGACCCAGGAAAAGAGAGAAAGGAAGAACAAAAACAAAAGGAGAAAUAUGAGAAAACCAAAGAGCAGAAAGGAAGAACUGACACUUCAAAACAACAAACACACAAGAAAGCUCACGGAAGGCAAAAAUUACAUUCUUAUAAAAUUUGUGAUGAAACCUUUUCUGAAAACAGUAACUUGAUGAGACAUAUAAUAACUCACACAGGAGUAAAACCUUUCACUUGUUCAGCCUGUGGGAAAAGUUUCAGACAAAAGGUUGGUUUAAUUUAUCACAUGAGAAUUCACACAGGUGAGAAGCCUUUCUCAUGUGGGAAUUGUGGAAAAGGUUUCUCUCAAAAAGGUAAUUUAAAUGUUCACUUGAGAAUUCACACAGGUGAGAAACCUUUCUCCUGUGGGAAUUGUGGAAAAAGUUACGCUCAUAGAGGGACUUUAACUAUGCACAUGAGAAUUCACACAGGUGAGAAGCCUUUCUCCUGUGGGAAUUGUGGAAAAAGUUUCUCUAGUAAAGGUAAUUUAAAUAAGCACAUGAGAAUUCACACAGGUGAGAAGCCUUUCUCCUGUGGGACCUGUGGAAGGAGUUACAGUGACAGAGGGACUUUAAAUAAGCACAUGAGAAUUCACACAGGUGAGAAGCCUUUCUCAUGUGGAACCUGUGGAAAAUGUUUCUCUGUAAAAUAUCAUUUAAAUGUUCACUUGAGAAUUCACACAGAUGAGAAGCCUUUCUCAUGUGUGAAUUGUGGAAAAAGUUACGCUCAUAGAGGGACUUUAACUAUGCACAUGAGAAUUCACACAGGUGAGAAGCCUUUCUCUUGUGGGAAUUGUGGAAAAGGUUUCUCUCAAAAAGGUCAUUUAAAUAAGCACAUGAGAAUUCACACAGAUGAGAAGCCUUUCUCAUGUGGGACCUGUGGAAAAAGUUUCUCUCGAAAAGAUACUUUAUAUGAUCAUGUGAAAAUUCACACAGGUGAGAAGCCUUUCUCUUGUGAGGCCUGUGGAAAGAGUUACAGUGAAAGAAGGACUUUAACUCAUCACAUGAGAAUUCACACAGGUGAGAAGCCUUUCUCUUGUGGGACAUGUGGAGAAAGUUUCAGGACGAAAAAUCAAUUAUUGACACACAUAAAGAUUCAUAUGAGUGCCAAACAGUGACAUGCGAUGAGGCUCAGCUGUUGAGGCACUGACUCACGAUGUACAAAAACAGAUACAAUACAUCUUGUUACAAAAAUUUUGCGCAUGCAUACAACACUGUAGAGCAAAAAGACUAUUCUUUUACAUGUUAUCCAUAGCUGGGUUAACUAGGUGAAACUUAGAAAUGUAGGUAUUAUGGGUUGUUGUUAUGUUGGUAUACGGUGUUUUAAUAUCUUGUUCAAUGUGCCCCUCUUUAAUUUGGAGCCCCUGCCCGCCCAAAGGUCUCUGCACGGCCCUGUUCAUAUGUAUGGUAAGGUGUAUUAUUUUUACCCCCUAGCUUGGUUGUCCCCAGAGUGCUAAUAUUGUUAGCAGCUAACUUAGUGCUGAGUCCUGGACAGAAAAUGUUUAUUUGGUGGGUCUUCCAUGCUAAAGAAGCUGAAUAAAUUAAAUAUAACCUACCCAGCCAUACAGUCUUUUCCUGAUCCCUAUCAGAAUUUCUUGCAGCAUCCGGGUCACGUGUUUGAAGCCCAGAAAUAGAACGCUGCGAUGUUUGUUUGAAAAAAAAAAACCCAUCAAAUAUUAUUGAGAUCUGAUCAGAUUUUGAUGUAGAGAUAACAGCGGAGAGAUUUUUAUUUUCAUAAAUGUUUGUUACACAGAAGUCAUUGUUAAAAUUCUGCUGUGAAAAUGUGUUUGUACAUGCUCUACACAACCAGGUUCAUAACAGUAUAUUGGUAUUUUAUACAGCUACAAAAUGACUUUUGUUUCUUAGCAGGGAGGAGCUUCAGUUAAACACAUUCUGUUCCUUUGGGAGGUUUCACAGUGUUUUCCUCUGUUAUUUUAUAUUUCUAACAUAUUUUCUUUAUGUUUUUAAAUGAGUGAUUAAUAACAUCUCUUUGCUCAGGUACAUGUAUGAUGAUACAAGCUAAAUAAUAACUUUAAUUGUCUUUGUGGCUUUAAUUAAAGUUAUCUGUCUUCUUCUUACAUCUUGUCUCUUCAGUGUUUUCACUUCUUUCUAUGGAAACAUGAACCUUUUUUCACAAGAUUCUUAUUGUUUGUAUUUUCAAGCCAAAACAACAUUUCACCGUGUUCCUCUAAAAUAUAUGUAGUCAUUCAGUAUUUAACUUUAAAACUGAAUCACAACCUACAAAACUACAACCUGAUAUAACAUUAGACUGUUUUACAAACUAAACAGUUCAGACUCAAAAAAAUUCAUUAGAUGUUCAAAUAUGGUUCUUUUGUAAGAAUAAAUACCUUUUGAUGACUGAAUCCAAACUCACAUUUCUUAAGUUUUUUUUUUUCUUCCAUUAGUCAGUAUGAUGUAAUAUUCUAAAAGUAAAGGCUGUUCAAUUCGCUGCAGAAAAUCCUCAUAAUUAACAGAAAUAAAAGGCUUGGAAACA